AUGCCUCUGCUGUGCGGACUGUUUCAGCGCUACCGCUCACGCCGCCGCGACCGCGAUCCCGCCCACUCGCCUCGCCGCACGCGCACCCUGUCCAUCUUUGGAAACUCGAAUCCGCAGUCGGUCCAGCUGCUCCGGCGUAUGAUCGGCGUCACCGUCUUUGCAAAGGCCGCCGACGAGUCCUCCAGCCAUGGCUCCACCGACUCGUCGUCCGGGAGGAGAGCCCCCGAGUUCGACGUCCACAUGAGCACCGACAUGCACGAGGCCCUCCGCCGCCUCUACGACCAGCUACGGCGUCUCGACGGCGCCCGGCUCCUGUCCAGGGCGAGCUUCCACCGCUUCCUCGUCGACGUCCAGGGCGAGCCCUCCGUUGCCCUCGACCGCGACGCCUACGAGUUUGGCGAGUUUCUCUACGUCUGCUUCAAGCGGUACGGCACCGAUGCUGUCGCGCCCCCGCGGCAAAAGGACCUGUCCAAGCCUCUCACAAACUACUUCAUCAACAGCAGCCACAACACCUACCUCGACGGCCAUCAAUGGGCCUCCAAGAGCUCCCCCGAGGCCUACAAGAACGCCCUUUCGCGAGGUUGUCGCUGCAUCGAAAUCGACGUCUGGAAUGGCGAUGCGGGCCCUUCUCGCCUCGCGUCGAACCAUGCCCGCGGCCCUUCGGGGAGCUCCCUCCCAAACGUGGCUCAGGCCAUCCUCGACACCGUCGGCGACACGCACGACAAACCGGCCGGCCGUUCCCGCACCCCGAGCCCUUUCAGCCGCGCUCCCGCCGAUGACGCCUCGCCCCGUUCGAGCGUCCAGUUCCCGGCCGACCCUCGCGACUCCAACGCCAGACUUGACGCCUCGCAUGCCGUCGCCCCUCGCUCUCGUCACCCCCUACCCCGGGGCGAGCCCAUCGUCACCCACGGCUGGACGCUGACAACGCCCUGCGGCUUCCGCGAGGUCUGCGAGGCAAUCAAAGAGUCCGCCUUUGUGGAAAACCACCUUCCCAUCAUCAUUAGUCUCGAGGUCCACGCCGAUGUGGAGCAGCAAGAGGUCAUGGUCAAGAUUAUGCGCGAGGUGUGGCAAGACCUGCUCGUGAGCGAACCCCUCGAUGGCUGCGACCCGAGGUUCCGGGUCCCCACCCUCGAUGCCCUUCAGAACAAGAUUCUCGUCAAGGUUAAGAGGGCCCCGGCCAAGAUGGUUGCCGCCCAGGAUACAGCCGAGCUGCUCGCGGCCAGUGCCAACGACGACGACGUAUCAAUAUCCGACGACGAACGACUUGCCCCCCCUCGCUCCCCGCGACCCGACAAGUCAGCGCCGGCCCUUGCCGAGCUCGCCGUGUACACGCGCAGCGAGCGGUUUGAGAGCUUCGGGACUCCUCAGGCCAAGAUGCCCACGCACAUUUUUUCCAUCAGCGAGAACCGGAUCUUGGAAAUAUGCCAGAGGCAUCAUCGUGACGUCUUCAUGCACAACAAGAACUACUUCAUGAGAGCGUUCCCGGCAGUUCGCAGGAUCGAUAGCUCCAAUCCAGACCCCAGCCUGUUCUGGCGCAGGGGCGUCCAGAUGGUUGCCAUGAACUGGCAGAACCUGGACGAGGGCAUGAUGCUCAAUGAGGGCAUGUUUGCCGAUGAAAAGGGAUGGGUCUUGAAACCGCCUAGGUACCAGAGCUCGGACAAGUCGAGCGAGACGCAAGACGUGGCCGAGUCCGGACACACCCUCGACCUCACCAUCACCCUUUUUGCGGGCCACAAUCUACCGACGGCGAGUAGCGACGACGAGGGCGAACACAGCCGCAGUGCAAAUACGAUCCGGCCGGUCGUCAAGGUCGAGCUCCACGUCGAGAAGGUGGGCAGCCCGGACAAGGACGGGCUUACACCCGAGUGUUCGUACAAGCAACGUACGGACGCCAACAAGACCAGCCACCCCAACUUUGGCGAGUCCGGAAAGACGCUGCAGUUCCUCAACGUAUCCAGGGUGGCGGAGGAACUCGGCUUUGUCAGGUUCCAAAUCCAUGACGAAUCGCGAACGGGCAUCAUCAGCUCUCCACCGCUCGCGUGGGCGUGCAUCCGUCUAGACCGCCUGCGCCAGGGCUACAGGUUCAUUCGGCUCUUGGAUAUGAAUGGGAAUCGGGUGCCCGGAGGGAAGCUCCUCGUCAAGGUUUUAAAGACGAUGCGCUGA